CACAAACAAUGUCAACAAAAGUCAAAUCCUUUGCUUGUUGGGACUAUAGUUUUGGUGAAUACCAACAGAAGGAACAAAAGGAGAGAACGAAAUAAAAUCUUGGUUUGGUCUGAGCAAUCCGCACACCGCGCGCGGAGGACCCUGUUGCUUUUUGCAACAGAAUUUACACCAGCCCGUUCUCACACUCAAACCUCCAACGAAGAAGAAGAAGAAUAAAAAAAUGAACCCUACUCAGAAGAUAAAGAUGAGGAAGAAGAAUCUUCUGAAGAAGAACCAGAACGAAAAGAAGAGGAUGAUGGAGGAUCCUCUGAAGAAGGAGAAGUUGAAGGAAAAGAGCCAAAAACCCAAAACCCACAACCUAAAUAACUACCAAGAAACGAAGAGGAAGAUGGGUCGGAUUCUGAACCCGAAUCAGACUCCUCUCCUUCUCAAUUCAAACUGCAGCCUAUCUCUAAGCGGCCAGCCCCCUCUGCCAAACGUGCUCGACAAGGGGAUUGCAAUAAUGAAUAUCAAAGGCUCAUGCUUAUGAUCAAGAGAUGUAUUGGUCAGAACAAUUCUGGAUGAUUUUUAACAACUUCGGAAUAUGAAAAGAUUGCUCUGCUUUAUAACAAUUUGGAUGUUCACUGCGGAACCUUGGUAACUUGAUACCCUCGGUUUACCUUUUCUUUUCCCUUUUUUAUCAAUUUCUUUAUGCAAGUUCUGUUGAAAAAUAUCCAUUGCCAGUAAUAAUGACGAUGCAAUUUUAUUUCCCUUUUUUGUGCUUCCAUCCUUUCUGUGCAAAUAGUGAAAUAAAGUUGCAUUUUGCAUUAGGAUUUGAAUCCAUAUUGAUAAUAUUUACAAUAUUCAGUUGAUCUGUUUUAGCACUGUGUCUUUGGUAGUGAAGGAAUGCAUUAUGUAUGCCAAAUGGUGUCUGAGAAGUUGUUUUGCUUCUAUUUUUUCUACCUAUGCUUUCUGGAGUAAUACCAGGAAAUCGUGGUAAAUUCUGUUGAUAUAAUUUGCAACUGUUAUGGAUCUCAUGUUAUGUGGAGCGUUCUGUACCUUUGUGAAGGAGAAACCUUAGGCUUGUCAGAGUUCCAUAGCUCAAAACCAUCAGUUCUGCUGGCAGAACGUUUGAAUUUGAGGUCUUCUCCGCUGGAUGGUCACAAAUUGCAACAUUAUCAGAAAUUUCCCGAUCAAUUAAAAUUUCUCGUAUCAGAGAUGUUAAACCCUUCCAGGGUAGACAUAGCAACUUUUGUAGUAAAUCAAUACAGCAGUUUGGUUCUGCAGUUCAUCUUGGAAGUGGCUCCUGAUACCUUGUACGAUGAAUUAUUGACAAAAGUUUUCAGGGAUUCUUUAUUUAAGAUGUCAUCGCAUCACACUGGGAACUUCGUUGUACAAUCAUUGGUUUCCCAUGCAAGAAGUCACGAUCAUAUAUGUGCAGUGAACUUUUCUGUUUGUAGGAUUCCUCGCUGUUAUCGCUUUCUUUAACUAUAGGGAACCAUCUUAUGUGAUUUUUUUUCUUUCCAUAUUUUUGAGGAGGAGAAUGUAGGUAAAUAAGGCAAUUAAUCUUAUGAAUUCCUGGGUUUGGUUUUAUCCAA